UUAAAACAAAAAUAUUCAAUACAGAUCUAGCAAGCAUCAAGCGUUUACAAAAUUUUCAGUGCCGAAUUUUAAAAGAUGGCUGCAACAAUAUCAAAACAAUGUUCGCGACACCUUCAAAAGAUUUUUAGUUCUUCAAGAAUUAUAAGCCGGUAUUCGCUAGUUUUUGGUAAUAACCUUGUUGAAGACACUCAUGAUCGUGUGCAGACAAGAUGUUCCUUCAGUACAAUCAGCAGUCAGAUUCCAUUCAGAAUUUCUCAGACUUCUCUGUUGGAACAGAAACAUUUUCCAUACCUCAGAAACUCAGUCAGACACAUGUUUAUACAGGUGCAGGACACACCCAACCCAAAUAGUUUGAAAUUUAUACCUGGGACACAAGUGCUCGAGUCUGGAACCUUUGACUUUCCCAAUCCCAAGUCUGCUCAGUGCUCUCCCCUUGCCAAGAUGCUGUUUCGUAUAGAAGGUGUAAAAGGUGUAUUUUUAACAAAAGAUGCUGUCACUAUCACAAGAUCUGAUGAUGAUCUUGACUGGAACAUCUUGAAGCCAGAAAUAUUUGCUGUCAUCAUGGAUUUCUUUGCCAGUGGGCUUCCAGUUUUAACAGAUGAGAAGCCUUCUGGGGACACAGUGAUCCAUGAAGAUGAUGAUGAAACAGUUCAAUUAAUCAAAGAACUUCUCGACACCAGAAUUAGGCCAACAGUCCAGGAGGAUGGAGGAGACAUUGUCUAUAUGGGUUUUGAGAAAGGUGUAGUCAAACUCAAGAUGCAGGGGUCCUGUAGUAGCUGCCCAAGUUCUAUAGUCACAUUAAAACAUGGUGUUCAGAAUAUGUUACAAUUUUACAUACCAGAAGUCUUGGCUGUGGAACAGGUAACAGAUGAACUCGACUCUCUCUCCGAAAAAGAAUUUAAGAAAGUAGAAGAAAAACUGAACAAGAAAAAAUGAAGUAUUUCCAGUGAUUUUCUGAUGUGUUCAUUUAUUGAUGACAAGGAAGUCAGUGUCCAUGGGAUUUGAUGUUCGGGUUAGGCUUAAACUAAAUACAAGAGGUGUAUGAUAAUCUGACUCUUGGAAUAGGCAUAAGAGAAAGAUAGGUAAACACUACAAGACCACAAGAAUCACAUUUAUGAAGCUUAGAACUGAUAUUAACAUUGCAUCACUAGAAGAGAGAGUUGUUUUAGAGAAACAGCGAAGCAAAUAUAGAAUGUGUGAGUCUGUCAGAAUCUCAUCUUCAAGUGCUGCAGUUAUGAUUCAUAUUUAGGCUAAACACCUAACAAAAACUGUAGUAGAUACUUUGACUUAUGCCUUAAAUAUAGUGUGUUCUGUUAAUGAAAUGUGUGACUUCUGUGGUAUGAUAGAAUUUUUGUCAGCCACUGAACAAUAGGUUGGUCAAAGUCUAAAUUAAGCUGUUAAUUUUAUGUUUCUGAAAGCCAGUUCCUUUGAGUGAAUGUCAGUUCUGUUCAAGACAAAAUAUUUGUUCUUUGUAAGUAUUUUCUGUACAUUUGACUAUUCUCUUAGUGGCUGGUGUCUAUUAAAAACUUUAAAACCACAUUUAUUUCCAGUCAACUUAAAACUUUAAGAUUCUAGUUUUCAAUAUUCAAUAUUCAUGCUGUAAAUAUAUAAAACUAAGUAACCACAUAUCCUUUUUUUUUUUGUAUGGAGCUCCAGACUGGAUGACUUUGUUAUUUAUUUGUUCUCCCUACGUGACUGUGUAAUGACUUGGUAUUGCUACACAAGAUGUACUACAGUUAGACAUGGAAUAAACUGAUCAAAACUUU